AAAGCAGACGCGAAUGUGCGCCCGCUUCCGGGCCCGGACGCCAUUUUCAGCGGUGGCGUUUGGCUCGUGCUGGUGCUCUUGCCGGGACAAUGAGCUACGACUACCAUCAGAGCUGGAGCCGCGACGCGGGGCCGCGAGGCUCCGGCCAGGGCUCUGGCGGCGGCGGCGGCGGAGGGAGCCGGGGCCCGGGCGGCGGAGGAGGAGGCGGAGGCGGCCGCGGUGGCCGGGGACGGCAUCCCGGACACCUCAAGGGUCGCGAGAUCGGCCUGUGGUACGCCAAGAAGCAGACGCAGAAGAACAAGGAGGCCGAGAGGCAGGAGAGAGCUGUAGUCCACAUGGAUGAACGGCGAGAAGAGCAAAUUGUGCAGCUGCUGAAUUCUGUCCAAGCUAAGAAUGAUAAAGAUUCAGAAGCACAGAUAUCCUGGUUUGCUCCUGAGGAUCAUGGGUAUGGUACUGAAGUGUCUAAGGAGAAAAAAAUUAACUCAGAGAAGAAAUUGGACAACCAGGAAAAGAAAUCGCUGAACCAAGAAAAAAAGAUAUUUAGGAUCACAGACAAAUCAUACAUUGACCGAGAUUCUGAGUACUUAUUGCAAGAAAAUGAGCCAAAUGUAGGCUUAGACCAGCAAUUAUUGGAAGAUUUACAAAAGAAAAAAACGGACCCUCGGUAUAUAGAGAUGCAGUGUUUCAGAAAAAAGCUGCCUUCAUAUGGAAUGCAAAAGGAGCUGGUAAAUUUAAUCAAUAACCAUCAGGUAACAGUAGUCAGUGGUGAAACCGGCUGCGGCAAAACCACUCAGGUCACGCAGUUCAUCUUGGAUGACUACAUUGAGAGAGGAAAAGGCUCUGCCUGCAGAAUCGUGUGUACGCAACCAAGAAGAAUUAGCGCUAUUUCAGUUGCUGAGAGAGUAGCUGCAGAAAGGGCCGAGUCUUGUGGCAAUGGUAAUAGCACUGGAUACCAGAUUCGUCUCCAGAGUCGGUUGCCAAGGAAACAGGGUUCUAUCUUAUAUUGCACAACAGGAAUCAUUCUUCAGUGGCUCCAGUCAGACUCGCGUUUGUCCAGUGUUAGCCAUAUUGUGCUUGAUGAAAUUCAUGAAAGGAAUCUACAGUCAGAUGUUUUAAUGACUGUUAUUAAAGAUCUUCUCAAUUUUCGAUCUGACCUGAAAGUAAUACUAAUGAGUGCAACGUUGAAUGCUGAGAAAUUUUCAGAAUAUUUUGGUAACUGUCCAAUGAUACAUAUACCUGGUUUUACUUUUCCAGUUGUGGAAUAUCUUUUGGAAGAUAUCAUUGAAAAAAUAAGAUAUGUUCCAGAACAAAAAGAACAUAGAUCCCAGUUCAAGAGGGGUUUCAUGCAGGGUCAUGUAAAUAGACAAGAAAAAGAAGAAAAAGAGGCAAUCUAUAAAGAACGCUGGCCAGUUUAUAUAAAGGAGCUGCGGACAAGAUACUCUGCAAGUACCGUAGAUGUUUUGGAAAGGAUGGAUGAUGAUAAAGUUGAUCUGAAUUUGAUUGCUGCCCUUAUUCGAUACAUUGUUUUGGAAGAAGAGGAUGGUGCAAUACUGGUCUUUCUACCAGGCUGGGACAAUAUCAGCACUUUACAUGAUCUCUUGAUGUCACAAGUGAUGUUUAAAUCAGAUAAGUUUCUUAUUAUACCUUUACAUUCACUGAUGCCUACAGUAAACCAAACACAGGUAUUUAAAAAAACUCCUCCCGGCGUUCGGAAAAUAGUAAUUGCUACCAACAUUGCAGAGACUAGCAUCACCAUAGAUGAUGUGGUUUAUGUAAUAGAUGGAGGAAAAAUUAAAGAGACACACUUUGACACACAGAACAACAUCAGUACCAUGUCUGCUGAGUGGGUCAGUAAAGCUAAUGCCAAACAGAGGAAAGGAAGAGCAGGAAGAGUUCAGCCUGGUCAUUGUUAUCAUCUGUAUAAUGGCCUUAGAGCAAGUCUUCUAGAUGACUACCAAUUACCAGAAAUUUUGAGAACUCCUUUGGAAGAACUUUGUUUGCAAAUAAAGAUUUUAAGGCUAGGUGGAAUUGCUUAUUUUCUGAGUAGAUUAAUGGAUCCACCAUCAAAUGAGGCAGUAUUGCUCUCCAUAAAGCACCUAAUGGAACUGAGUGCUUUGGAUAAACAAGAAGAAUUGACACCUCUUGGCGUCCAUUUAGCCCGAUUACCUGUUGAGCCACAUAUUGGAAAAAUGAUUCUUUUUGGAGCUUUAUUCUGUUGCUUGGAUCCAGUGCUCACUAUUGCUGCCAGUCUCAGCUUUAAAGAUCCCUUUGUCAUUCCACUGGGAAAAGAAAAGAUUGCAGAUGCAAGAAGAAAGGAAUUGGCAAAGGAAACUAGAAGUGAUCACCUGACAGUUGUGAAUGCAUUUGAGGGUUGGGAAGAAGCUAAGCGACGUGGUUUCAGAUAUGAAAAAGACUACUGCUGGGAAUAUUUUCUGUCUCCAAACACACUGCAGAUGCUGCAUAAUAUGAAGGGACAAUUUGCUGAGCAUCUUCUUGGAGCUGGAUUUGUAAGCAGCAGAAGUCCCAAAGAUCCUAAAGCUAAUAUAAAUUCAGAUAAUGAGAAGAUAAUUAAAGCUGUCAUCUGUGCUGGUUUAUAUCCCAAAGUUGCUAAAAUCCGACUAAAUUUGGGUAAAAAAAGAAAAAUGGUAAAAGUUCACACAAAGUCUGAUGGUCUGGUUUCUAUUCAUCCUAAGUCUGUCAAUGUGGAGCAAACAGACUUCCACUAUAACUGGCUUAUCUAUCACCUGAAGAUGAGGACAAGCAGUAUUUACUUGUACGACUGUACAGAAGUUUCACCAUACUGCCUGUUGUUCUUUGGGGGAGAUAUUUCCAUCCAGAAAGAUAAUGGUCAGGAAGUUAUUGCUGUAGAUGAAUGGAUUGUGUUUCAGUCUCCAGAAAGAAUUGCCCAUCUUGUUAAGGGGCUAAGAAAGGAACUGGAUAUCCUUCUGCAAGAGAAGAUCGAAUGCCCUCAUCCUGUAGACUGGAAUGAUACUAAGUCCAGAGACUGUGCGGUACUGUCAGCUAUUCUAGACUUAAUCAAAACACAGGAAAAGGCCGUUCCAAGGAACUUGCCACCACGGUCACAGGAGGGAUAUUAUAGCUGACAGCUUUCUGUGAUGGCCUAAAACUCAUCCUGAUGUUCAUGUUUCUCUCUCUUUUUUUUCUCUUUUUUAGUUUUUGGCAAAAUGUCAAGCCUUGGGUUCUGAAUCGCUGUUGUGUGUAAGAUAGAAACUUUAAGUGGGUAGUAAAGAGUUAAUGUGCAUGAUUAAACAGUGUCGUCUAUAAAGACACUGGGAAAAGCAGUAUGCUCUCUGAUCAUAUACUCUAUUGUAGAUAUGUCCACACUUCGGGAGUAUUCUUCUUCCAUAUAUUAAGUGUUGUAACAUUGACAAAUCCCUUUAUGCCAUUAUGCAAAAUUAAUUUUCUGUCCAUAGUGACUGUCUCUAGACAGUAAGAAUAGAAUGUUUGGCCAAAAAGCAGUGUGAAGUAAGAAUUUGAAUACAACCACAUUUUUAAAAAUGAACUUCUAUUACAAGUAAAUUUGUUGUAAUAAAGCUCAGUAUUUAAUAAAAUGUACAAUGUGUAAAUCUCAGCUAACUUCUUGGUUUGUUUUCUAGAGUUCGACCUAUCACUUGGCUCAUUUAGUGUUAUUUUUGUUUCAUUUUUUAACUUUUUAAAUGUGUUCUUAUACCAACUUGCUGCCCUGUGUAGCAUAGUGUAGCAACUGAGCACAUGUCUGGAUGUGAUGGCAGAGGUUCUGUCUCAGCUCAGCCUCUUUUCCUUAUCUGAAGGGCAGGUAAAGGUUGUGAGGAUUAAACAUGGUAAUAUGUGUGUAAAAGACCAUAGACUAGUGUCUGAUGCAUAUAGUUCUCACAUAGUCUUUGUUACUAUUUGUCCAUGAAAUAUUUUUUAACAUUUAUUAAUCUAUUUUACCAUUUAACUUUUGUACAGAAGAUUCUGGAGAUGGUUGAGCCAAGGGCUUCACACAUGCUAGACAAAAGUGCUGGAUUACUGAGCCACAUCUCCAGCCUAUACUACACCAUUUUUCUGCUUCUUUACACUCUUAGUGGAGUGAGACAAAACAUGGCUAAUUUCAGGCUGGUUAGAGCUGUUGGUUUUUUAGUGUUUUGACUCUUUUUCUUGGUUCCUUGUUCAAGUCAUUAACUCUAGCUUAAUGAUGUUGGUUUUCUCGUUGUAAGAUAAUCAGGUUUGGUCUUAUUUCCCUCGUUUAGUGAGAUGAUCAGGUUAUAUGCAUAAUAUGGCCAUGGAUUUGCUGACUGCACUGGUUCAGCUACUGCUCCCAUGUCAGAGUGUAUGUCACCUGGCACUGUGUAGAGAUUUGAUUGUAUUGCAUUUUAAUUUUGUUCUUUUGGAUUGUCUCACCAAAACUGUCCCUGAGCUCUUAUAGUGAUAGUGGUGUUACAGUACUAUAGCUAUUAGUUUUGACCCUAAAGUCAAGGUGUGUUUCAAGCAAGUAUUUAUUCUCCACAGCAAUGAAAGCAUAUUUCAGAACUGUUUAUAGAUGAGCAGUUCACAAAGAUAAGUGUGGUAUUGCCACCGCCUCUUGAUGUCUCUGCCAAAGCUAAAUAGGGUGGAGGGUGAAUUGCAGGUGCUCUGAAGAUUUUGCUUCUUUUGAUUACAAACUAGGACUGCUAACUGGAAAGUGCAUUCCAAGCCUCAAAAUGACUUUUGUGGUGUUCUUAAAAAAUAGGUCAUCAAGAAUGAAAGCCUGUGUCUUUUAUCCCUUUGCACAACAGAGAAUAAGUUGGAAAAAACACUGAAACAAACUUAUGAGGAGAAAUGAAAUAUAUCACUGCAUAAUGCUUUAAGAGCAUUAAGUACAUAUGUAUGAUACCUUCCUAAGUAACUGCCCUGGAAAAAAAAAGCUAGAUAAUUUUAAGUGAAUUAAUUGCAAACUAUAUUUUACUGCAUUUGUAAAACAAAAUCUACUUUAAAAUUAUUUCAGUAUCCGUGCACCCAGACUAAGUAAAUGGUGGCACAUUUCUUCUCAUUCUCAACACUGAGUUUGUAUUUAUUAAGUAACUAUAAUUAUGUUGUAUAUCCAUAUAUUUGUAAUCAUCCUAUUUGUUAAACAGCAUUUUAUUCUGAUUUUUUAAAAAAAUAUCUUGCCAAUAUUUGAAAAUGUGUCCAGCAAAGUAAAUCAUGUUUCCAUUGUUAGUUUUUGAUAUAUUCCCAUACCUUCUUGAAGCUUUAAGGUAUUAUAUAUAAUUAGCCAAUUUAAGAGUAGUUUCAGUGUAUUUUAUCUACUGUAUAAAAUCAUGUAGCUAACACCACCAUCUUGAUGUAGAACAUUCCCAUCAACCUAAAAUUUUCUCUUGUUGCUUUUGCAGGCAAAAUUGCCCUUGCCUCGCUUCUACCCUGUGGCACCCAGUGAUCAGCUUUUUAUCAAUAGUUUUGUCUUUUCUAGAAUUUCCAGUAAUGAAUUCACACAAUCUACAUGACCAGCCCUUUUCACUUAAUAUAAAGCACUGAGAUAAUGUAUAUACUUACUGUACAUAUUAGUAAUUUUUAUUGUUUAGUAUUCUCUUAUGGUUAUGUCAUUGUAUUCAUUUACCACUUGAUGGACAUUUUACAUAUUUUCAGCAUUUUUGCUGUUAAUGAAUAAAGCUGCUUUAAAUGUG